AUAUUAAUAUAGGAAAUAGAAGAAUUCUGAGGACUAAUCCAUGCAGAAAUAACCUAUAAAACAGACAGGCAGAGGGACCCAGCAGAGACCAGCAAAGCCUGCAAGUCAUCACAUUCCAUCAGAAAUAUCCAGAUAAAACCAGAUGAAAAAGCACUUCAACAACUCCUAAACAACUGCUGGGACUACAGAACUCACAGACACAGCAAGAGAUCACAUUUGAACUAUGGCUCAUAGUGACUUCCUCUACCCAGAGAACCCAAAGAGGCGGCAGGAAGUAAACCGUCUUCACCAGCAGCUCCUUGACUGCUUAUCUGACAGCUUCCAUGUCACCAAUAAGUUGACUGGGGUUCUAAAUAUGCACUUGGGGUGCAGGCUGCCCUCCAUUGAGAUGAGAAGAGAGGGGACCAUCAAAGAAAACUGCGAUAUCAUCAUCCAAGCCAUUAUGGAAAUCCAAAAGGAACUGCAAAAGGUUGAUGAAGCACUAAAAGACAAACUAGAGCCAACGCUUUACAGAAAACUUCAGGAUAUUAAGGAAAGGGAAACAGAGAAAAUUGCGAUAGUACAAAAGGUGAUCUCAGUCAUUCUAGGAGAAGCAACAUCUGCAGCCAGUGCAGUGGCUGUUAAACUUGUAGGCUCAAAUGUCACAACUGGCAUAAUUAACAAGUUGGUCACUGUGUUAGCUCAAAUUGGUGCUUCUCUCCUUGGUAGUAUUGGAGUUGCCGUUCUUGGCCUUGGCAUAGAUAUGAUCUUCCGUGCCAUCCUGGGAGCAGUAGAGAAAACGCAGCUUCAAGCAGCCAUCAAAAGUUAUGAGAAGCAUCUGGUGGAGUUCCAGUCAGCCUCAGAAAAAUAUCAUCAUGCCAUUACUGAGGUCUCUAAUACAGUGAAACACCAAAUGAAAUGAACAUUUUAUCUGCCCCUGGAAUAUUUUUCUGCUUCCCUCUCAAUAAUUGUGUUUGCUUCUUUGAUUAGGCUCAUUUUCUAUACGCUUCUAAUAGGGACUUAAAUAGGGUAAACAAUUUUGAAAGGGGAAUUGAAGAUGCCAAAAGUAGACGUCUUUUGUGUUUUGGACCAACAAUAAAUGCCUGGAUAGUUGGUGCUACUCCUGAGUAGUAAAAAAUUACAUCCUAGGAUGUUUUCUUACCCUGUUCUCCCAGAUCAACACUGGCGCAAAUGCCAUUGUAGAGAAGCAAGUAUAGGGGUUACCGUUUCCUUUUCUAAUUUCCAGCCAAAAUCCUUAAAAUUUACACUGAAUACAGAGACUUUCAUUUCUACCACUAGCUUCAAAUAUCAUUUAGUUCUCAGGGACUACUUAGCAAAUUCUGCCUGGACACAAUCUCUGGGCCCGCAAAUGGAAUAGAAAUACUAUCAUAUUUUUGACCAUCAGAUUAAAUCCAAUUUUCUGUAAACGGGAGAAGACUGAAAAAUGGUUUGUAACAAUUUCCUUCAAUGAUGAAAGGAAGCAAUGGAUCUGUAAACUUUUACUAAUCAUACAAUGUAAUAUGGAUGGAUUUUUAAAAGGCAAAAGUUAAAGCUAAAAAGAUAAAGGUUCUGUUUCUAUAAUUACAAUCAACUUUGACCAACUGUGAUGGUUAAAUAUCACUUAAGUGAAUGUUUCUACACUCUGGAACAUGUAAAAAACAAGCCAGGAAACCACAGCUAUACAUGUGUAAAAUGCAUUUAGGAUGUAGAAUAGAACUCUUUAAGAAUUUGUCAUUUAAAGGAAAGUCAUAAUUUAUUACAUUAUCAAUUUUCAGAAAAAAGAGAAUAUAAUUUCAUUUUCAAUACUAGCAAAAAGGUGGCAGCUAUUUUUACAUGAAGCAUUAGGUAGUCAGUCCAUUUCUCUAAUUACCUAAUUUCAGAAAAAUCCAGGGGGUAUGGAGUCCUAAUGAUUCAGCUGAAUCUCUGGAGAUGCAAGUGUUUGUUUCCUAAAUCCAUCACUAAUGAAUAAUUCCCAGCGGGACUCUUUUAGUGCACAUGUACAAAAUUAUUAAUAUGCUGUUGAUGUAAGAAUGUGUUUGUUAUAGUUGAUUCUUGCAUCCAAGUACAAGAAAUAAAAACUGCUCAUCAUAUCUAAAAAAUCUUAACUACCUAGGUGAAAAAUAUUAGCUAUAUGAAAGACUUUAAUUUUUCCAAUGUACUCUUCACUUUUUCUUUCUCUUCUAGCAUUGCUUGUUUUAGUUGCAAAACAUCAAAAUUUAGUUCACCUUCAAAAUUAAAUCUUAUUUUCUUUAUUACUGGUUUAUGAUGUUUAACCUGCAAGAUCUUUUUAUUACUUUCUGAGACUCAAAUUCAGUCUAAAAUCAAAUCAAGAAUUUACUAAGACAAAGGUUAGUUUAAGUAUGGGACCAAUUUUAUACCGUUAAGGGCACACAAAUAUUCUGCUCAAAAUUAACAUCUACCCCGACCAAUAUUUUUAAGUAUUUAUAGUUGAUAUUAAGAAUGGGCCUAUUUCAAACUGUUUUUCCUAUAAGGGAUAUACUCAGAUUAAGAUCAGAAAUAACCAGGAGUGUCCUUUAAGCGCUGAAUGUUUAAAAUAUU